AUGAUGCCGCCCGUGCGGAGUCGCAAGAUCACAGUGAACGAGCGCAUCGACCACAUCCUCGACGGGUCGUGCCGGGAAACGAUCUGUCUCCCCGAAGACGACGCGACGAUGCUCCAGCGGUCGCGCGACUCGAAGCGCAUCUCGGAUUUGUACAACGUGUCGUUCGAAGACAAGUUUCUCAAGCAGCGCAUGACGUACUUGCCGUCGCCGAUUGCAAAAGAUCGACACGAGCUGCGGUCACGCCUCCGACUCAGUCGCGAGGGCUACAACUGCUACAGCUCCAGCGCGAGCGCACCGAGUCUUCUGGCGACACCGCCGGUCGUCGUCGUCUCGCCCAUCAAAGAAACCGCGCAAGCGAACGUGACGCCGUGGUACGUUGGCCGGAACAACGUGCCCGAUGUGCCGACGUGCGACCUCGCGGCCAAAACCAAGCGGUAUGGCGCCCGGGGUACGAUCCAACUGCUCGCACAGGAAACAACCGCGGGGACGGUGCCGCCACUGACGACGACCAAGUACAAUGCGCCGUCGCCGCUCAAAGUGCUCGGCAAGUUCCACACGGAGAAUGCAUUCGCACCCAAGUUGACGGGGUCGCCCGCGAUGUGGCCCGAAGACGCAGCGUUUGUGACCGGCCCCAAGCUCGCCUUUCACAACACGCACCUCGCGACAAGCUCGGGCGUCUCGCCCAAGAAGAGCGUCCUCACCGAGCCAGUCCUCGCCGACGAGCAUCUCAAGCGCGUAGACAGAGCAACCGAGAAGCAAGUCGACGUGCUCAAGGCGGCACUCGAGCUUGAGCAGGAGCAAGGCCAGGAGCAGCUCCGCCUUGGCCGCGAGAACCUGCAGAAAAUGCUGCGCAAAAAGCAGCGCGAGCUACGGCGGCAUCCAAACGUGCACCACGACAAGGUGCCGGCCAAGGCACUGCGCGAGAUUACGCUCAUCAAGUCGCUCGGGCCACCGCGCAUUGCGCCAAUCGAAACCAAGCUCGUUCAAAGCAAGUACCAAUUGCGCUGGAAGACCAUCUUUUUCCUCAUCGACAGCAUUCGACGCAGUGUGUUCAACCGCCCGAUGCUCCAGGAGCUCGCACUGCUUCUCGAUAAAAUCACAGAGUGGGGCGUUCGCCAUGCAGUGGCCAACCCGUUUGAAAUGACGCGCGACCAGUGCCGCGAGCUCUUUAUGAAGGAGUACCCGAGCUUUGGCGUGCCCAACUUUAACCUGAUGUACUCAUCGUUUGACCCAACGCACACGGACGUGGUCGACAUGCGGGACAUUAUCGGCACGGUCAAGGCGCUCCGCAUCACCAACAGCAACUCGACGGGCAGCACAAUGAAGGACAUUGUGUUGGACUUGAUUGCCAUGUAUGCCAACGAAGGCGUCGUGCCCGCGCGUAUUAUCGAGAAGGUGCUCACCAUGUACUGCGGCUCCAUUGACGACGAGACCAAAGUGCACGACGAGCUCACGGCACUGUACGAGUUGCACUACCGGUCGUUUCGCAGCCCGAAAGCGCUUGUCCCGCUCCACGAAGUGCUGUCGUUCCUCAGCGACCAGCCAAGCCUCAUUGAGAUGUUUACCGACUUUUUACGGUACCGACGACGUCACAUGAACUCGUACACGAUCAACGGCACGAGCAACGAGAUGAAGGACCAAUAA